GUAGUGUCUCGUGCGAGAAAAAUAGAACACCGCCAUCCAGGCGUAUUAGAAAUGUUUUUAAGAAUUUAUGAAAAGUACGAAACAUAUGCAUGCCGAUCACAAGUUUCAUAUCUAUAACAUUUAUAUACGUCGUUGCUGCUGCGUAUGCGCAAAAACAACCUGAAUAGGAACACUGACUCACAUAACGCCGGACUAUCGAGGAGGUAGGAGCAGCUGGAAAAUGCUAAACGAAAAUUUCUUUGCUCUGAGGGUUUUGGUAUUGUAAUUAAACAGCAACUGAAUUGUUGAAAUAAUGGAGAAACCUGUUUCAUCAGACAUAGUCAUUAUCGCUGGUAAUUCUCAUCCAGAGCUCGCCAACUUGAUAGCAAAUCGUUUGGGUAUAAAACCUGGUGGCUGUGCUGUAUAUCACAAAUCAAAUCGUGAGACAAUGGUGGAGAUAGGAGAUUCCGUACGUGGCAAAGAUGUGUAUUUAAUCCAAACUGGUACAAAGGAUGUAAACAAUAACAUAAUGGAGCUUCUCAUUAUGGCCUAUGCUUGUAAAACGUCAUCAGCCAAAAAUAUUGUUGGAGUGAUUCCGUAUCUACCUUACUCCAAACAGUGCAAAAUGCGCAAGCGUGGCUGCAUAGUGUCUAAGCUCUUGGCAAAGAUGUUGUGUACAAGCGGUCUAACUCACAUCAUCACCAUGGACCUGCACCAGAAAGAAAUCCAAGGAUUCUUUGAUGUUCCUGUGGACAAUUUGAGAGCUAGCCCAUUCCUUCUGCAAUACAUUCAAGAAUCCAUUCCUGAUUAUCAUAAUUCUGUGAUCGUUGCAAGAAAUCCAGGUAGCGCAAAGAAAGCGACUAGUUACGCAGAAAGGUUGCGUUUAGGAAUUGCAGUUAUUCAUGGCGAACAGAGAGAAGCCGAAUCUGACAUGAACGACGGUCGCUAUUCACCGCCCGGACUAGCAUUAGCCGCACGCACCAUGGACGUUGGUGUGGGUAUGCCUUUGCAUCCGGCGAAGGAAAAACCACCUAUAAGUGUCGUCGGAGAUGUCGGAGGACGUAUUGCUAUCAUGGUGGAUGAUAUGAUAGACGAUGUACAGUCAUAUGUAGCAGCUGCUGAGGUGCUGAAAGAGAGAGGAGCUAAUAAAAUAUACGUUUUGGCUACGCAUGGUUUGCUCAGCUCGGACGCUCCUAGACUCAUUGGAGAAUCUCCGAUUGAUGAGGUGGUUGUAACCAAUACAGUUCCUCACGACGUGCAGAAGAUGCAGUGCCCGAAAAUCAAGACUGUCGACAUCAGUAUUCUUCUAGCAGAAGCGAUCCGGCGUAUACACAACAAAGAAUCGAUGUCUUAUUUGUUUAAGAAUGUAACCUUGGAAGAUUAGAAACCGAAUGCGUAUGAAAAGUUACAGUUUAAUCAUACAUAAAUGACAGUCGAGAGUUACGCACGAUUCGAUGCCGGGGACCAUGUCCAAAAUACAUAUCCGUCUCUUAAUUUUCUACACUAUUUUUAUAUUUCCCAAUUUGAAAGAAAACAAACGUAUAAACAAAUCCUUUAUGUUUAUCAAUGAUAAUAAUUGGCCAAAUGUCUCAAUUAUAUAUAUAUUUUUUUUUGUAGGUAUUUUUUCUCUGUGUAAUCUAUAGUCUGAAAAGCCGAUUAGUCGGAUGUAAUAUUGUCAUCACCUUAGAUAUUGUAAAGUCUUAGGAUUCGAAGUCUUAUAGAUAUGUACUCUUAACAGUGCUUACCAGUGAUCUAGUGUUAGUUUUAUUGUAUGAUUAUGUAAAGUCUCCUUGUAUUUUAGAUCAAGACGUGUAAUAAAUAUAUUUCAAGAUAUAAAA